GUGGGAGGAAGCUCUGGCUGUUCAGGUGGACUGGAGUUGAAGCACCUCGGAGAAUGGAGACCAGUGGACAACAAUUUCUGGAACCUGAAAAUUGCUUCUGACUCGGUGCGACUGCUGAAUGGAUCCAGUCGUUGUUCAGGCAGACUGCAGGUGAAGACUAACCCGUCUGACCAGACCUGGUCCUCAGUGUGUGAAGCAGACCUGGACCUGCAGGAUGCACAGGUGGUGUGUCGGGAGCUGGGCUGUGGGGCUCCUUCAGUCCUGCAGGGGGUGCUCUAUGGAGACGUGCAGACUCCCAGGUGGAGCCCAGAGUUCCAGUGUGGAGGCCAUGAGUCUGCUCUGCUGGACUGUAGAAGCUCAGGCUCAGCUAGAAGCAGCUGCUCACCUGGUAAAGCUGCUGGACUCACCUGCUCAGGGGUCGAUGAGUUCAGGUUGGUGGGAGGAGCCAGUCGCUGUGCAGGAAGUCUGGAGCUGAAAUAUCUUGGUGAACAGAGACCUGUGGUAUACUAUCUCUUCAUGGUGAAGACAGCAGCUCUCAUCUGUGAACAUCUGAACUGUGGCUCUACUGUCUCUUUGCCAACGGGCGUCGUACCAUUCACUUGCUGCUCCUGCGGCGCUCUGCUCGCCGAGCAGGAUCGUCAUAAGCGCUACUUCGUCUGCCUCGGCUGGCAGCAUCGCCGCCAGUGGUCCUCCUGCCUGGCCUGCCUUGCUCUGCCGCUCGAAGAAAUUCAGCGGCGAGCGGCCUUCAUGGGCGACACCUCUCCGGUUCCCGCCCAUGAGGACACCGCCACUCCCGCCGCCUACGAAUGGGCCGAAAUGAGUGGCAGCAGCAGCAGCGCUUCGGUGUCGAGGAGCUCGACUCACUAG